GUAUCAAAUUAUCAAUACGGUGUUGGAAAGCUCAGAGGAACACAAAUUUCUUAGAAAGAGCAUUCGAAGAAGAAGCUUUUGGAGCGAGUUCGAUUCUACAAUGGCGCUUGCUUCAACUUCUUCAGCUUCUGCGAUUACCGGUUCCAGUUUCUCUCGCUCCAUUUCCGCCUCUGAGCCUAAAGCACCGCAAAUUGGUUUGGUUAGGUUGUUCAGUCGGCCUAAUUUGCCAGCCUCGUCUGUUUACUAUUCGCAGAGACGAUGCUCUGUAGAGCCUCUACAUGCCGAAUCAAAACGGAACGACUCCGUUGCUCCUCUGGCAGCUUCCUCCGUUGCCCCUGGGGUGGUUGAGGAAGUGCAGGUUGAGGACUACGAGGGUUUAGCUAAAGACCUUGAAAAUGCUUCACCCCUUGAAAUUAUGGACAAAGCCCUAGAGAAAUUUGGCAAUGAUAUUGCUAUUGCUUUCAGUGGUGCUGAAGACGUUGCUUUGAUCGAGUAUGCCCAUUUAACUGGUCGGCCAUUUAGAGUUUUCAGCUUGGACACUGGAAGAUUGAAUCCAGAAACAUAUAAAUGCUUCGAUGAAGUGGAAAAACAUUACGGCAUCCAUAUUGAGUACAUGUUCCCUGAUGCUGUUGAAGUUCAAGCAUUAGUCCGAAGCAAAGGGUUGUUUUCCUUUUACGAGGAUGGGCACCAGGAAUGCUGCCGUGUGCGCAAGGUGAGGCCUCUGAGAAGGGCCUUGAAGGGACUGCGAGCAUGGAUCACUGGUCAGAGGAAAGACCAAUCCCCUGGAACCAGGUCUGAAGUUCCUGUUGUGCAGGUGGACCCUGUUUUUGAAGGGCUGGAUGGUGGUAUUGGUAGCUUGGUCAAAUGGAAUCCGGUUGCUAACGUUGGCAGUAAAGACAUAUGGGACUUCUUACGAUCCAUGAAUGUACCGGUUAAUACAUUGCACUCACAAGGAUACGUCUCAAUUGGGUGUGAACCAUGCACGAGACCUGUCUUGCCAUGGCAACAUGAGAGGGAAGGAAGAUGGUGGUGGGAGGAUGCGAAGGCUAAGGAAUGUGGUCUUCACAAAGGAAAUCUUAAGCAGGAAGAUGCAGCCGAGCUAAAUGGCAAUGUAAAGGGAGAGUCUACAGAUGUGGAUAUUUUUGAGUCUCAGAAUUUGGUGAGCUUGACAAGGGAUGGAAUAGAGAAUUUGGCAAGAUUGGAGGGUAAAAAGGAACCAUGGAUUGUUGUUCUGUACGCACCUUGGUGCCGCUUCUGUCAGGCAAUGGAAGGCUCCUAUGUUGAAUUAGCUGAUAAGCUAGCGGGGACAGGAGUGAAGGUUGGGAAGUUUAGAGCCGAUACGGCGAAAGAGUUUGCACAGCGAGAAUUGCAGCUAGAUAGCUUCCCCACCAUACUCUUCUUCCCUAAACAUUCCUCUCGGCCGAUCAAGUACCCCUCGGAGAAGAGAGAUGUUGACUCGCUUAUGGCUUUUGUGAAUGCUUUCCGAUGAUCAAUUACACAGUUGAGGCCCUACACCUAUACAAAAAUGAGGCCAGCGAUUGAGUCAAUGACACAGUUGACACAGGAUGCAGUCUAAAAUUUUCGCAUAAUCUAGAGUACCGUUAUUCCAUGUAGGUUUUUGGGGUUUGGGUCUGUCCUAUCUUUAUAGUCUCGGUAAAUAUCCGUGUAGGAUUGAUUGUUGUUGUUAUCAAAUCGACCAAGGAUAAACAGUAAGUUUGUUAUGAAAUUCAGGUUUGAUUAA